GUUUGACUGCCUCCAGUUCUCUCUCGACUCGGGUCAGAUACCCUCUCUCAAGCUUUCAGUCCAUCCGUCUCGCCGCUUACUUUCUCCUCGCAGCCAUGAGGACCACUGUGGUCGCUGUUGUCAUGGUGAUGUUUUGCGUGAUGAUGGUAGACGCAGACGUGAAGCCGCAGAAAGAUUUUAACCUGCGGAUGUUUACAGGGAGAUGGUACCGGGUGGGCCUGGCCUAUGACUCUUCAAGCUUCACUCCCUUCAGAGACAAAGUGAAGGCCUCCAUGGGCAGUGUCGCCGCACUGUCAAACGGCAACAUUAACCUCACGAUGUGGGACUCCACACCUUUCGGUUGUCAGAAAAAGGUGUACAAUUAUGAGAGGACCAACGUACCUGGACAGUUCACCUACUUCAGCACACGCCACAACAUCGUGAAAGACAUCACCGUGGUGGACACGAACUAUACUGAUUACGCCGUGGUUCUUAAAAACAAGGUUUUUAACAGAGAAUACACGCAGGUUGCGCUUUACGGUCGCACUCAAACGGUCUCGCACAGUAUAAUUAUGAGGUUUAAAGCCUUUGCCUUGUCCCGAGGUUUCCCCAGAGACUCUAUUCUGACUCCACCUCCAGCAGAAAAUUGCCCACCAUCAAGAUCUGGGCGUUAGGUCCUCUGAUGUACCUGAGGUGAUGGUGGCAUGCAUUUCCUGACCUGCUUCUUUUUGUUGGCCGGGUCACUUUUUCCCAGCGUUUAACUCUCAAUCAGCAAACAUCAUCAUCGAGGCUACAAAAAUGAUACAUAGCUAAUAUUGCUGGUGAAAUGUAUUUGUCAUUCUUUGUUAUGUUGUGUUUUACAUUAUUUUUCAUCAUUCAUUGUUAAUUAAAUAAUAUUUACCUCCAGGCUAUUUAAAUAACAAAAUGUGUAAUGUUCACCAGCUGCUUCACAGUGUCAAUAUCUCAAAUAAACCUUAACCUCCAAGGUG